AUGCGUUUCUCCUUUGCAAUUGCCCUUGCCGUCGCUGCUACUUUAGCAUCAUCAAUCUCUGCGACGCCCAUUGAAGAUAGUGCCCAGAAAUGUGCUUUCUUUUGCUGGAUUGACGUAAAUUGCGAGCACUGCACUUGGGGGCUUUGCAUCAGUCCACGAUACAUCGUCGAUCAAGACGAUGACUGUGCUAGUGCAGAUAGAGUUUGGACGUUCGGAUGGGGUCGGAGGGGGUGGAUAUUCUGGGAUCGAGAUGUCUUCGUUUCAGGGAGUUUCAAACGCUGGAUCCACACCAAAUUGCCAGAAGACACUCUGCUGGCAUUGUAA